UUGGGUAUUGCAUUUCUCUCCACGAUCUUAUUUCCUGUCGAUCUUUUCUUCAUUUAUUGUUCUUUUCUAAUUCUGCCGCUUCACUUAUACAUAAUACGUAUAUUUCUCCAUCACGCUCUUUUUUAUAUUCUUUCAUUAAUAAUAAUUGGUGGCGCCGCAUUUUGUUAGACCACGUUAUUCGAAGGCCUAUCAUACGUGUGUGAGGAAGCGCGUUUAGAUCUGGAAGCAAUUGGGAGGGCGUACGAUCUACGAUGGAAUACCUCCCAACAUCGGCGAGCAGCCGGCGCUGGCUGAUCGCCAAACUAGUUAUGCAAGGAUUGUCUUUGAUCUUCUGCAUUGUCGUCAUCGGGCUCAGCGUCGCGACAUCAUGGGAUGGAACCUUGGGCGUGGGAAUGCUUUUGAUACCGAUCUCCGCGGCGACAGCAGCCUGGAAUAUCGCAGAAUUUGUAACCCUUUAUUUCAGACGAAAGAGUGCAUGCGGCCGGGGAAUCCACCCGGGGGCGCAUGUUGGGGCGCAACUCGUCAUCUUCCUGGUCAUGAUCCUCGGAGUUUUCUUCGCAGUUUCGCUGUGGAGAAGCGUCUCCCGCGCCCUCAUAUAUUGUAACGAAUGGCCGCGCAACCCACGUUCUCCCGAUUUCGUUACCCAGAAUAUUACUAUGGUCUCUAGUUACGGGGGGCGGACCACUUCGAUUACGUCGUACUACUGCCCCGAGGACUAUCGCGACCAUAUCAAUGCCCCGUCCUAUCCUUCGACCGUCCGAUCCCUUAUUGCGUUUACUGCCUUGUUAUGGUCUGGCUCACCCCUAUCCCGUCGCAAUCGAUUUUCGUGGUAUCUUGCUAACCGGCUAAUAGGCUUAUACACUUUACACUUUUUGUUCGUGCAUGCGUCGAGACCCAGCGCCGAAAUAGCGACCGCCCCGCGAUGAUGAUGUACCCGCCUCCAUCAUGGUCUACGCCGUACGCAGGGACUUAUCCUCCUGGCUUUAUUCCCCAAGGGCCACCGCCGCCACCAGAGCCAGCUCGGAUGAAAUAAACGAAUUAUC